ACUGACUCCCGAGGGGGCCACGGGGCCUGUGACCGGACGGGGCGCCUCUACCUGUACCACUACAACGAGGAGCAGCCUUGCGUCCCGCUGACCGAAAUCCAGAGGAUUGACACGGCUGCCAUCCUGGACAUCAAAUGGUGCCACGUUCCUGUUGCAGAGCAUCCCAUGGUUGGCAUUGCAAACUCGACAGGCGCUGUGGAGUUUUGCCACCUGACUGGAAGUGAGAAGAACAGCUGCAUGCUGGAGCCAUGCUUCAGGGUUGAUCUCGGUGCACAGCGCCUGGCCUUGUCUUUGGACUGGUCCACAGGACGAGAGCAAUGUGGAUGUCCUCUGAGAGUGAUCAGCAGUGAUUCAGAGGGGAAGCUGAAUCUUUUCUCCAUAGAUGAAUCUGCUCCUUCUGUGCAAGUCCUGAACCAAUGGGAAGCUCACAAAUUUGAGGCCUGGAUUGCUGCUUUUAAUUACUGGGACACUGAUAUUGUGUAUUCAGGAGGAGAUGACAGCCUGCUAAAGGGCUGGGACACCAGGUGCAGUCCAGAGGCUCCAGUCUUUACCAGCAGGAGACACUCCAUGGGAGUGUGCAGCAUCCAGUGCAGUCCCCACCGGGAGAACCUUCUGGCUACUGGCAGCUACGACGAGCACGUGCUGCUGUGGGACACCAGGAACAUGAGGCAGCCCCUGGCAGACACCCACGUUGAAGGUGGAGUUUGGAGGCUGAAGUGGCACCCCAGCUGUGAUUUCGUGCUCCUGGCAGCCUGCAUGCAGAGUGGAUUCAAAAUCCUGGACUGCCGCGGGAGCAUGG